AUGAAGCUAUGCGAAAAAAAAAAGAGAGUUGAAGAAAUCAUACACAAGUUUUAUGAAGAUGACAAUAAUAGUCGUUGUGCGGCAGGAAAAAAAGAGUGCAUCACUCGCGAAAAAAUUAAAAAACAAAAAAGAUAUUUGCUGGAUUCCUUGAAGAACUUGCAUCAAAAAUUUUACAAUACGAGUUUGAUGAAAAUUGGGUAUAAUUAUUUUUGCAAGUUGCGUCCAUUUUGGGUUGUUGUGCCUAAGCUUACAGACCGUGAUACCUGUGCUACAUGCAAACGCUCUGCAGACCAACUCAUAGCUCAGAGAGGUGACAUUACGAACUUGUACGACUUUGUAGCUGUGCUUCGAGAAAGGUGUCCAAAUAUAAAUAUCUCUAUCGAAGAUGUCGACAUAGAAAAAGUUAACAAAAUGAUCAAGGAACAUGAGAAAGAGCAGAAACCGUUUAAAGGAACUCUCUUGGUGCAUCAAGUCUCGGGUCAUAUUUAUAACCCUAAUAAACUUGUCUUGAAGUCACUAAGUUGCUUCUGUGAUAAUGACGGUUGUGACCAUUAUAGGUUGGGGACUAUUACGUACCAAACCAAUACACAGCGGCUUCAAGUUUCAGAUAUUCUCACAGAUUCUGAAGAUGAUAUGCCGUUAGCAAGUAUGAGCCACAUUGCACAAGAAAAGUCAAAAACGAGCUACGGCGGUGGCGAUUAUGUUCUAGUUAAGUUAAUAAUGAGGGGAAAAGAUUAA